GUUUUAGUCCAUAAAGAGGGGGACACUAAUGCUAAUAACUGACAUAUACCAACAGAAUUAUAUAUCACAAUUGCCUGCCAUACAGUUUAAAGAUAUGCUAAAGAACUGGGGAGCCUGGCUGGGAAAAGAAAACGAGAAUGACCAAGUUAAAGAAAAACGGCAGCGUGUUGGUGAAAAGAGGAGGGACGAUAACCCGUUGGUAUAUGACGAAGAAAAACAAACAUAUAUUGCCGAAAAAGAUGCUGAACUAUCCCAGCUUCUUCAAAAAACCCGCAGUUUAUGUGGCUCCAUAUUUAACUUUGCCAGCAAAGCUUCUAAGACACUGACGGAGUCUGUUGUAGAAACGGCACAAGGCCUCAGGAAAAGCUUGGAGGAGGGCAAACUAAACGAGUUUAUAGACAAGACCAUCCUGGGUGAUUUUCAGAAAGAGCAGGACAAGUUUGUUCUUGAGAGACAACCUAAAAAAAUCGGCCUGCCUGUGCCACCGUGGGUCGGCUAUGAUGAAGAAGACGUCAUACAAGAGCAAAUCUUAGCUCUCUCAGCUGACAAAAGGAAUUUUUUACGAAACCCUCCCGCUGGCGUGCAGUUUCACUUCGACUUUGAGCAAACGCAUCCCGUCGCCUUGGCGAUGCUGGAGGAAGACGAGCUCCUCAGGAAGAUGCGGUUCCAUCUGGUCCCCAAAGAGAUGACGGAGGAAAACUUCUGGAGGAAUUACUUCUAUCGAGUGUCUUUGAUUAAACAAUCGGCUCAGCUCACAACUCUGACGGCACAGCAGGACUCAGAAUGCCUGGAUUCUGAUCAGACAGAUGUAGUUAAGCAUCCGUGCUGUGCAGAUGCCCAAAAACCCUCACAGAAAGAGAAUGUCGAAGGGAAGAUCUCCACCAGGCUCCCCGUGUCUGAGUUUGUGAUUAAUGCUUUAAAGUCGUCCACGAUUAAUGAGGAGGAGCUGCGCAAAACGGUUUUAGACAAAACGGAACCGAAAAAACACGAGGUCAUUCCUGAGUGGGAGAGAGAGCUGCAGGAGGAGCUGGAGGAGUACGACGUGUUGGCCGACGCCGAGAUCCACGAUGAAGCCUGGGACAGAGAGAUCGAAGAGAUGCUUAACGAGGAACUGUGAUAACGACCUCACCAGCAUCACUAUGAUAAACGACGAUCACAUUAGUUAUCCUGUAAGAAGUCUAGAGUUACCGUCUAACGUCCUUUGUAAGGCCGUGAUGCGACUAUCAGAAAGUCCUAACCUGGUUUGGACAGUAAAGCUCAGGAAGUUGUUGCUGUUUCACUUUCCUCCUUUCAACUCGAACCUGAAACCGCUUGCGUUCUGAUGGAGUCGCUGUGACUAAUUGGAGACACGCUGUGAGGUGUUUUACCCAGAAUUCCCUAGCUGGGCAAAAGCCCAAGAGUUAGGACAAGUCAGCAGAAUUAGCAGUUUUUCAAAAGAGCUUAUGUUUUAUAAGCAAUAAUAUUAUUAUUAAUUUGGUGUUAAGAGAUGAGCGUUGUUUUCUGCCACGAAGAAUAAAUCCGAUUUUUA